AUGCUGAUGGAGCAAGAAGAGAAAGGGCCAGUUUGCAAAAGGACAUCUGGCAAACGGCGCAGACAUGAUAAUGUCUCAAAGAGAACAUCAUCUGCUUCGUACCUGAAUUCAAGUAAAAAAGAAAGCUAUGAAUCAGCCAUCGAAGAUGUGUUUUCCCUCACAAAUACUUCAUCUGAUAGUCUAUUUGAUGAAAGCAUUCAUUUGUCUGAUGACAAUUCUAAUAAUUUCAUAAAGAAUAUUGAUUGUGAAAAACAGUCUGAAGAUAAUAUGGAUGAUUCUUUGUCAGAAUAUUUUUUCUUAAGUAGUACGCAAGAUAAAUCCAGGGAAAAUAUUGUUUGUCAUACACCCACACAUGAUAUCAAGCCAGAUUUGAGCUGUAGUAAAGGUGAAACUGAAAAUAUAAAGUCCUCAGGAUUAGAUACGUCAAGAACAAUAGUAGAAGUUGUCCAUUCAGAUUUAAAUAUGUCAUCUAACAAUAGGCAUUUAGAAAUAGACACCAAGGCAGUAGAAACUCCAUCCACUGCUGGAAAAAUAUUUGUGGUGAACAGCUCUUCUAUUAAGGACAAACUGAAGAAGAGGCUUUUGGGGAAUGUAGGCUCUGUGACUGUUCAGAAAAAUGUGGAAGAAAACGUUCGGAAUGAGGCAAUUUUUCAAGCACAACUUGAUGCAUCUCAAAUAAGAAAAGAGGGCAGCAGUGUUGAUAUAGGGCCUUUUUACGGUCUUCCUGCUAAAGUGCAACAGUUGUUUGAGAAAUACAGGGGCAUCAGCAAGUUCUAUGACUGGCAGGAUGAAUGCCUGAAACUUGAAGCUGUUAAGGAACAUAGAAAUUUGAUCUACACAUUACCAACCAGUGGUGGCAAGACUUUAGUGGCUGAAGUGCUCAUAAUGAGAGAGUUGUUGUGCUAUCAAAGGGAUGCAUUGCUAGUUUUGCCAUUUGUGUCCAUUGUUCAGGAGAAGGUAAAGACAAUCUCAGAAUUUGCAACUGAACUUGGCUUCCUUGUGGAGGAAUAUGCAGGAAGCAAAGGCAGAUUUCCACCAAUCAGAAGGCGGGAAAAAAAAUCUUUGUACAUUGCAACAAUAGAAAAGGCUCAUUCUCUAGUCAACAGCCUCAUUGAUACCAACAGGAUGGAAUCUUUGGGUCUUGUUGUUGUUGAUGAGCUUCAUAUGGUUGGAGAAGGAGGUUCCAGGGGUGCUACACUAGAAUCUAUACUCUUGAAGCUGAUUUUAAAAUCUGAGGCCCAGAUUGUAGGAAUGAGCGCUACUUUAAAUAAUAUCAAAGAUCUUCAGACGUUUUUGCAUGCUGAGCAUUUCACAAAUGACUUCCGUCCUGUGACAUUAAAGGAGUACAUCAAAGUCGAGGACAAUAUCUUUAAAGUCAAUCGUCAAAUGCAUGAGGAGGAACCGCUGGAACAUGAUAGGAUUGUAACUUUUCCGUACUCCUCGGAACUGCUGAAGCAGGAUCCUGAUCAUCUGCUGGGCCUUGUGAUGGAGAUCCUUCCGGAAAACUCUUGUUUGAUGUUUUGUGCAACAAAGAAACACUGUGAGAAUGUUGCCUUGAUGCUGAGCAAACUUAUUAACAAAUCUCACAGACACUUAGCAUCGAUCAAGGAAGACAAGAAAAAGCAGUUGCUGGCCGAGCUGUCCCAGGAUGGUGAGGGAAACAUGUGUCCAGUCCUCAAAUACACCAUUCAGUUUGGAAUAGCCUACCAUCACAGUGGCUUGACAGCAGAUGAGCGUCGCCUCAUUGAAGAUGCUUACUCUGAUGGGAUUUUGUGUCUGCUGGCUUGCACAUCCACAUUAGCAGCUGGUGUCAACUUACCAGCUAAAAGAGUGAUAUUACGGAGUCCAUAUGUUGGUAUGAGCUUUAUCAAAUACAGCCAGUACAAGCAGAUGACAGGGAGAGCUGGCAGGGCCGGCAUUGACACAUCUGGAGAAAGUAUUCUGAUAAUGAAAGCUCAAGAUAAAGCCAAAGUGAAAGACCUGCUAGCAGGACCAAAGGACCUCUGUCACAGUAGUCUUGCUUAUGAUGGCAUGAAAGGCAUAAAAUCACUGUUACUCUCUGCAGUCGGGCUGAAGAUAGUAACGUCAACGAAGUCUGCGUUUGAUUUAAUGAACCAAUCAUUGCUGCACAUUCAAGCUUCAGCACUAGACGUUGAUGUGACCACAGCUACAAGAGAAUCACUCCAGUACCUCAUCGAUCAAGAAUUGGUUGUUUGCAAAAGCAGAAAUCCAUGUGAUGAAUCUGAUGCUCAAGAUAGUUUGUGUGUUUCUUCACUGGGACAAGCGACAUUUAAAGGUGCGGUUGACCAGGAUUUCAUCACUGAGCUAUACAGGGAUUUGCAGACAGCCAUCAGGUCGCUUAAUGUAGUGUCACACUUGCACCUUCUGUACCUGGUGACACCAUAUGAUGUUGCCGUGAAUAUUGACUGGAAUAUUUAUCUUAAUCAAUAUUACAGACUAACAGAAGCAGAACUGAAAGUUCCAGAUCUGAUAGGUAUAACAGAGCGAUACAUCAGCCUAAAGGCUGCCGGACACACUGUCAGGAAGAAAACCUGUGAAAGAGCGGUCAACAGAUUCUAUGUGACACUUAUGCUCUGGGAUCUGUAUAACCAAAAGUCUAUAUGGGAAGUUGCAGACAGAUUCUCUCAGCCAAGGGGUUUUGUACAGAAUCUGCUGUCUCAGAGUGUAGCCUUUGCAUCAAGUGUCUUUCACUUCUGCCAG